AUGCCGCUCGCCAAGGUCAACUAUAAGUCUCUGUACUACAAGGAUUGGUCGCCUAAAGAUGGCUCCACUCCUCGAGCGACGCUCGUCAUGAGUCACGGUCUGGGCUCAAGCAAUAAUUACUACACUGCUGUGGUCCCUUUCUUGACAGAGCAAGGCUACCGCUGCAUCUGCUUUGACACCACCGGAUCUGGCCGCUCACCCUAUACAUAUGUCGAGCAAAGUAUCCAUACCCUGGCAAAGGACGUUAUCGACCUGAUGGACGCCUUGGCAAUUGACAAGGCAGUCUUUGUCGGCCACAGCAUGUCCGGAAUAGUCGGUCCAGAGCUUGCGGCCGAGUGGCCUGACCGUGUUCAAGCACUCAUCUUGGUCGGACCGGUAUGGCCCUCAGCAGAAGCCGGACCCUUGUUCGAAGAUCGUAUCAGCAAAGUUGCAGAGAAAGGCAUGGAUGUCAUGGCAGAUACUGUGCCCUAUGCUGCGGUCGGUUCUAAUGCGACAUCUCUACACAAUGCCUUCAUUCGAGAAUUGCUGCUUGGUAUGGAUCCCGCUGGCUACAUCAGCUUGUGCAGGGUUAUCGUCAAUGCAUACAGGUCACCUCCAAAGUACGAGAAGGUGUCUUGUGCGACGUACAUCAUCGCCGGAGACGAAGAUAAAAGCGCACAUAUGGACGGCUGCCAGAAGAUCAUGAAUGCACUAGGUUCGGAACAGAAAGAUAUGGUCGUCAUGAGCAAGUGCGGUCACUGGCAAUGUAUCGAGAACCCAGAAGAGGUCGGAAACUUAGCGCUUAAAUUUCUGAACAAGUUGUCAUAG